GAAUUCCUGGCUGGGGGGGUGGAUUUCCUCCCCCACUUCCUCCCUUCCAGGAUUUGGCUAGGUCACCAUUAACUCCUUCCUGCCUCCACUUCACUCCCCCCACCCCCCCGCUUGAACUGGACAUCCCACCACCUCCAACAAGGCUGAAGGACAGCUCUGGAAUUUCUGUGAGCCAUUGUUGGUGGUGGGAUGUGUGUUGUGUACUCAGGCAGGAUGUGCGCUGGGGGGUUUACUUGCCGGCACAGAUGGAGAUGAUAGGUGCCCCGACGCCAGGGCCCUGCCACCAGCCCCCCUCCUCCUGAACCCACCAAGAGGGCACCUCCCAAGCUCUGUCUCUGCGGAGGACCUCAACAUCAGGUUUGGGGUGAGGAUGGGGAGGUUUCCCUUUUGGAGGGGAUCCCAGUAGGAGGAAAUGAGAGAGAUGAUGGGCGGCUUUUGAGCUCUGGGAAUCAUAGUCAAGAACCCUUGAGUGUGAAGUCUUUGAAUGGAAGGAUUCAGGAUGUGAGAAUGAUCAGAGGGAGGACUGGGGCCGCACAACCUUCAAAUCAAAAGUCCUCAGAAUAUAUGAAUCUUUCAACCAAAAAGAUUAGUGUCGGAAUCUUGGGAGCUUUCAGUGUUCGAAGAAGAGCUCAAAGGGCUUGUGGAGCCAUCUAGGUCGAGCACCCAUUUUACAGAUGGGAAAACUGAGGCGCAAGAGCCGAAGUCCCCACAAUGAGUCUGUGCCAGGCUGGGGGCUGGGACUCCAGUUCAACUGAAGCCCAAAUCCAGAGAGCUGGCUUCUUUCACUGCCACUAAGUCGGAUUAAUUUGGGAAAAGAGGUCUUCACAGCGAGGAGGGAAGAAUGCCAGAAAGGGGAAACUGAGACUCUCGAAAAAGAAUGAAUUUCGUCGAUGUUACAAGAAGAGGGAGAGACAGAAGUCAACCACUAUACGCUGGGCUUCCCCUGGGUGCUGGGAUACAGCAGUCAACACAAGGUUACUGGCCUCCUGGAAUGUCCAUUUCAGACAGACAGACAGAUGGGAACAAGAUACAAGGCACCGUAAGGUCAGCUGUGAACUGUGAGGGGGGCCACCUCAUCCCAACUGCUCACUCCCACCAGGACCAAGCCAACCAAGCCAGAGCCCUUCCCCUGCCCCCUUCAAAUUCCUCACUCCAUCCGUAAUCCUCCUCCAUAAUAGCCCUUACUCACCUCCUUCCUGUUUCUUAAACACCCUUCCUACAUUCCCAGCACAUCAUUUUCCAUAAUCUUCUUCUCUUCAUCGGUUACCUUGCUUGUUUCCUUACUUCUUACGGGGUCCUAGGAAGCGCCAGUGCCCCGACUGACCUUGCCUGGUGUUUUCAACCCUCCCUAACUGUAGUCUGUCCUAUCUCAACACUAUCACCCACAUUUCAUGCAUCUUCUAGGACAUUCCACCCCCCAUCACUUCAACGUGGCCACACAUACUUUCUACAAAGACCUCCCUCUUACCACUGCCUGCUGAUGUCUUCAUCUCCUCCAUAGCCAAUUCUUGUGCCACCCCAAAACUCCCUCAUUUACCCUCUUACUGGCUCUAUAAACACCCCCUUGACAAGGCUCUUUUUUUUUAAUCCCACCAUCCCCCCCCUCCCCCAUCCUAAUUCUAUCCUUCCUCCAACUUCUCCCCCUCAAGCUCUACUCUUCCCCGCCCGGGCUGGCCGACGAUUCACGGUCACCGUCACCUCUCCCCCAAGGACUGCCCCCCACCAUGUUCCCCUGAGCCUCCAAGGAGGGGGCUCAGGGGGCCCGAUGGCCUCCCGCCCCCCGUGGCCCCACAGCCCCCGUGGGCCAGGGGAAGUGCCUCGGAAGCCCCGGUGCCGAGGAUGGGCAACCGCACGUGGGAGGGCUGCCACGUGGACUCGCGCGUGGACCACCUCUUCCCGCCGUCCCUCUACAUCUUCGUCAUCGGCGUGGGGCUCCCCACCAACUGCCUGGCCCUGUGGGCAGCCUACCGCCAGGUGCGGCAGCGCAACGAGCUGGGCGUCUACCUGAUGAACCUCAGCGUCGCCGACCUGCUGUACAUCUGCACGCUGCCCCUGUGGGUCGACUACUUCCUGCACCACGACAACUGGAUCCACGGGCCCGGCUCCUGCAAGCUCUUCGGGUUCAUCUUUUACACCAACAUUUACAUCAGCAUCGCCUUCCUGUGCUGCAUCUCGGUGGACCGCUACCUGGCGGUGGCCCACCCACUGCGCUUUGCCCGCCUGCGCCGGGUCAAGACGGCCGUGGCCGUGAGCUCCGUGGUCUGGGCCACGGAGCUGGGGGCCAACUCGGCGCCCCUGUUCCACGACGAGCUCUUCCGCGACCGCUACAACCACACCUUCUGCUUCGAGAAGUUCCCCAUGGAGGGCUGGGUGGCCUGGAUGAACCUCUACCGGGUUUUCGUGGGCUUCCUCUUCCCGUGGGCCCUCAUGCUGCUGUCCUACCGCGGCAUCCUGCGGGCCGUGCGGGGCAGCGUGUCCACCGAGCGCCAGGAGAAGGCCAAGAUCAAGCGGCUGGCCCUCAGCCUCAUCGCCAUUGUGCUGGUCUGCUUCGCGCCCUACCACGUGCUCCUGCUCUCGCGCAGCGCCGUCUACCUGGGACGCCCGUGGGACUGCGGCUUCGAGGAGCGCGUCUUCUCGGCCUACCACAGCUCGCUGGCCUUCACCAGCCUCAACUGCGUGGCCGACCCCAUCCUCUACUGCCUCGUCAACGAGGGGGCCCGCAGCGACGUGGCCAAGGCCCUGCACAAUCUGCUCCGCUUCCUGGCCAGUGACAAGCCCCAGGAGAUGGCCAACGCCUCGCUCACCCUGGAGACCCCGCUCACGUCCAAGAGGAACAGCAUGGCCAAGGCCAUGGCAGCUGGCUGGGCGGCAGCUCCUCCCUCCCACGCAGACCAGGUGCAGCUGAAGAUGCUGCCUCCGGCACAGUGACCCUCCGCUCACGCGGAACCCCCUUACUCCUCAAAUCUUAUCCCACCCUCCCUUCCCUCCCGGUCUGAUGUAUGCAAACUGUAUGUAAAUGAGGCAGUGUUCAUAUUCAUUAAGAGCAGAAGAUAAUAGGAAAACAGUGAGGUUGGCGGGUCACUGGUCCAUCAUCCUCCUCCACCAUGAGCCCCUGACAAUUCAGAUGAACUGUGCCUAGAGCUGUGCCAGGUGGUGCUAGUGACACAGCGGUGAUGAAUGACAGUCCUGGCCCUCCUUCACAUGCUCCCACUCCAGUGGGGGAGACAGACUUGUCCCCAGACAGGGAUGACCCAGAGUGGGUAGGGCUCAGACAGGGGCGCCCAGUGGGCCUCUGACCCAAUCUGAGGGUCAGGGAGGGCUUCCUGGAGGAGGGGACAAGUAAAUUAAGUCAAAUAUUUGGUUUCCAGAAGGUAAUGACAACAAGAGAGAGAGGGAAAAAAAGAAUUAUUUCCAACAAGGAGGUAAAAUUUGGGGACUGAAGGGGAAGAUGGGAGAAGAAAUUCACCGAGGGGUAGAGUGGUCAUUUUCGCCCUUGGGCAGCUCCUGGUCAUCUAAGGGAGUGAGGGCACGAAGAGCAAGUGUGAGUUUCUAGAUAAGGAGCGUUCUCCAAGUCAGGACUGAGGAGGAGGGAGACUCAGAACCCAAGUGAAGGGCAGUCGGGGCAGACUGGCUGGAGGAGUGGAGAGCAGGCCAGGCUUGGGAAGGGGCUCAGGACAAGAGAAGGGUAUUUAUUCAUUCAUUCAACAGAGAUUUAUUUAUAUCCACUUCCUGCCCAGCCCUGUGCUGGCUGGGAUUGGGGAUGCAAGGGUGACCAAGACAGCCCAGGCCCCCACCCUCAUGGGGCUCACGGUUAACAAGUAAAUAAAAAUAAAUAUAAUGUUUGGAAUUGAUGUGUCCUGGGGAAAAAUAAAGCCGAUUGAGGGGAGAGAGAAUGACAGGGACUCGGAUCUAGAGAAGGUCAGGGGAGGGCUCACUGGAAGGUGACAUUGGAACAAAGAGCUGGUAGGGGGUGGGGGUGGAAGGGUCAGCCCUGUGGCUGUCUGGAGAAGAGGAUUUCCCAUAGAGGGACCCUAGAGGGACCGGUAAAUGCAAAGCCUCUGGAGCGAGAGAGUGCCUGAAUUUUGAGGGAGAGUAGGUGGGGGGUGCAGGUGGAGCAGAGGGAGGCUGGGAGGGGGGCAGCUGGAAAAGAGGGAGGCUGGGAGGUGAGGAAUGGUUGAUGAUUGAUGGGACUAGGUCCUGGUGAGGACUUUGCCUUUUACUCUGAAAUAAAGGAGAACCACAAGAGGGCUCUUAGCAGAGGAGGGAUGGGAUUUGACUUAAAUGUUAACAGGAUCUGCUGAGUGGGAAACAGAAUAUGGGAAGGGCAGCAGUCGGGGGGCCAGUGACAGGUGACUGCAGUAGUCCAGACGGGAGAUCCUGGCAGCUGAAUGGGGGUGGUGGUAGGGUGGGGUGGUGGUGGUGGGGUGAGCAAGGAACAGUGGUCAGGUUUGGGAUUUAUUUUGAAGGAAUAAUUCAAAAUGAUGGAAGAAGCACAGGGCCUUUUGGGAUUAUGUAACACGAGCCCCUUGCCCAUCCUGAGAAUAGGGUGACCAGGGGGCCUGAACUGGAAGGACCUCUGGGAAUGAUCCCAGGCCCUAUUCCAGGGCGGUCACCGAAGAGGCCAAAUGACUAGGCCAGGGUCACACAGCUGGUGAGUCAGCGCUGGGGUGAUCCUGGGCUCUCUCUCCCCUCUCCAUCUCUGCCUCUGUUCCCAUGCCCCAGGGUGGCUGAGGCUGCCUGCCUUGGCUGACAGGGUCGCCCUCCCUCUCCUGGCCCUCGGGGAUCACCAGGAAUGGGCAUCCUUCCAUAACCAGGCUGGAGAGCAGGAGAAAGCACCCAGCACAGGCCUUGCCCUUUCUGACGGGUCACCUCCCUCCCUUCCUCCCAAUGGAUGUGUAAUAGGCUCCAAGCUCCCGAUGAGAUGUGAAGGUCCUCCUCUUACACAUACACACCCCCCUUGUUCCAGAAGUUCCCAGAAAAGGUUCCUGGAAACCCUUCUCAGAGAAAGGAAGAGGAGGGAGGAGGGGAAUGAGAAAAAAAAGAACUUAAUGAGGAAAAUGGUUUUGCAGGAGGGGGGUUACUGAGAUGCAGGAAGUUGGGGCUUUGGAUUUGGGUGCAGAGAGAAAAGAGGGAAGCCUGGGAUCUACGGGGCCUAGUAAUUUUCCCACCCCAAAGCCAUAAAGCUACUGGGAUGGAGAUGUAAGGGGCCAGAAACUUUUGGAACACAGUCCCCUCGGAGGGUCAGAUGAAAGCCUGCACUCCACUCCUCCACCAAAUGCUCAAUCCCGUUCAUUCAAUAAACAUUUAUUGAACACC